CGGCGGAUCAUGCCCAUGGUGUAGCCGCCAAGCGGAGGCAUGGCUGCCGGAAGGUUACUGCUCUACACGGGCCUGUCGCUAGCGCUCUGCGCCCUCGGCAUGCUGGCCGUGGCCAUCUGCUCGGACCACUGGUACGAGACGGACGCCAGGAAGCACAGGGACAGGUGCAAGGCCUUCAACACCCGUCGGGUCGACCCUGGCUUCAUUUACAACAACAACAACAACUUGCCGCUCCGGGCGAGCCGCUCGCGCCUGGACCGCUGGGAGGGCAAGCUCCUCCGGGCCCGGAACCGGCGGCAGCUCUUCGCCAUGAGCCCCGCGGACGAGUGCAGCCGGCAGUACAACUCCACCAACAUGGGCCUCUGGAGGAAGUGCCACCGGCAGGGCUUCGACCCCGAGAUCGCCGCCCUCAUUCGGAAAGGAGAAAUUGAGCGGUGCACGUACAUCAAAUACCACUACUCCUCAGCCACCAUCCCCAGGAAUCUCACUUUCAACAUCACGAAGACCAUCCGUCAGGACGAGUGGCACGCCCUGCACCUGCGUAGAAUGACGGCCGGCUUCAUGGGCAUGGCGGUGGCCAUCAUCCUCUUUGGCUGGAUCAUCGGCGUGCUGGGCUGCUGCUGGGACCGAGGCCUUAUGCAGUAUGUGGCAGGGCUGCUCUUCCUCAUGGGAGGAACCUUCUGCAUCAUCUCACUGUGCACCUGUGUGGCCGGGAUCAACUUUGAGCUGUCACGCUACCCACGCUACCUGUAUGGACUCCCUGAUGACAUUAGCCACGGCUACGGAUGGUCCAUGUUCUGUGCGUGGGGGGGCCUGGGCCUCACACUAAUCUCGGGAUUCUUCUGUACCUUGGCCCCCUCUGUCCAACCUGUCCCGAGGACCAACUGCCCUAAAUCCAGACCCGAGAAUGGGACAGUGUGCUAAAAAACAAACCCAUACACACACACACACAUAUAUAUAUAUAUAAAUAUAUAUAUAAUAUACAUAUAUAAAACAAAACUCAAUCAAGAUGAUGCCAGUGCCAAGGUAGAGUUGAGUUGUCUCAGGCACCUGCAUCUCGCCGGACUUUGUGUUGCCUCAUCUCCAAGAUGGGGGACGUGUUCCCAUCCUGUGGCUCUUCCAUCACUUCUUGACUUUUGGCUUCAUGGUCUCUUGGAGACAGAGUGAACAUCACCACUUGCGAUAGCGUCUUGAUUCCCAUCACUCGUGAGGACAGGGUGGUGAAGGGACAGUGGCAGUGGCCUGAGGCAGCAAGAUGUAGAGGAGGAAGUGCCACCCACUGGGCCAGCAGGAGAGGACGUCACCCCCCACCAGUCAUAUCACAAGGAAACAAAGCUCUUAGUUCAUAGAAUGUAACCAAAUCGUUGAGGCCAUUUUCAGAAUCAUUUCUUCUCCUGCUCUUCCUGUUCUGACUUUCUUCCUGGCCCACCAGCAACACACAAGGAGUGGAAGAGAAAACAAACUGAGAAGGAAGUUUUCUCUUUGCUGCCAAAUUUUUGGACAAAGUUUCAGAGGUGGGAAGGGGAGAGAACACGCUGAGAGGCAAGAUCCGCAUCAAUGAAAGGACACUUCAGUGGAUGCUCAGAAAACCCAGUUUUACCUUCCAGCUGCCUUACACCCAGUGAAACAAGAGGCCGCCCUGUCCCUAGCCGCACCUGCACUCCCUGGGCAGACUGGAGCCUUGGAGUAAUGCUGUGAUGUGUGUUUGUGUGUGUGUGUGUGUGUGUGUGUGUGUGUGUGUGUAUACUUUGAGUGGUUUCUUUUUUUUAGUUUCCAACUUUUAAAUGAAAAUAUUGCAUUAUGACUGUUGUCUCUCUAUCACUGUAGUGAUUUCAUGGUCCCAGAUGAAGCCCAGAGACCUGAAAAGAGUCAUGAGGGGCAGGCCUAUGUGGGUGCCAAUUCUGCAGCUAGAGAUCCCUGGAGUGUGUGUGAGUGUGUUUGUGUGCACGUGCGCAUGUGGUGUAUGUUUUCUGAGUGUGGGGUUUUAUUGUUUGUGUUGUAUUUUUUUAAUUAUUAUUUUUGGUACAGCUGAAAUUCCCAGAGGGCAGAACCAAGAACAAAGCUACUGGGCCAGAGGACCCUGUGGUUCUUCACAUUACAGUUCUGGGACACUGCAGGAUUUAGUCCUCUAAUUUUGGAAGUUCAAAACACAACUGGGCACAGAAGCCAUGAGGAAGAGGGAGAACACAUGGUUCAGGAGGGAGAAGGAAUGUUGCCUCUGGUUGCUAUUGUACAAGUGCAUAUACCAAACAAGACCUUCACUCUCCGUCUUGGAAACUGUCCUUUGUCACUGGACAUCUGCCCUUUUCCUGGGGGGAACCUCUGUACAAAUGAAAGGAAAUGGGUUACAUGCAGAGAAAGUACCUCCAUUUCCCAUGGGCUCAAGUUUGUAUGAUAUUGUGUAAAUUUAUGGAGAACUCCUGACUCUUUCCAACCUCUUCCUUUUCCACUUGAUAUUCAAGGCCAUGAAUCCCAAAAAAGCUGUCUCAGUGGCUAGCACCCAAGAAGAGGUGGAAUAAAUCCACCCCAGUGUCUUGGGCUCAUUUGAGCAAAUUGGAACUGCCGGUGUCAGAGAGUGAACUCAGCCAGAGUUGUAAACUCUGUGGGGGAGGGAGUGCACCAGAGUGGACAGGAGUGGCUUACGGUCACUGCAGUGACCCAGCCGGUGCUGAGCCACCCUGGGGAGGCAAGGUGAGAAUCCCUGAGCCAGUGUAGCCAUGGUCAGCCACGUAGCAGAGAAUGCUGUUAUUUCCUAAACAAAUACGCUAUGGGAGUGUUGCCAACUACUUAGCAACCUUUCUUCCACCGCCGUGUGCCGUUUCAUUCACCUGUCUUCCAACCUGUCCUCCUAGCAAUUUCUGCCUUUUCUUGCUUGGUGACCACUCAUCUUCUAUCUGUCACCCUCAUCUGCUCUUUUGACCGUGUGUGCAGUUCCUAUCUGGAUAUGCUGUGAUGUUUGAUGUGACAUCUGAUGUGCACGAGUGGGCGUGAAUGUGGGUCUCUGUAUGUGUGUAUCUCUCUGGUGCAUUUUGUGUAUGUUUGUGUCAAUAUGUACCUGCACACAGGUGUGAUGCACUACUCAAGACUUCCUUGCCAGGGACACUGGUCAGCUUCUGCAUAAGAUCUCUUGUGUGAGCAUCAGGUGUAUAGGUGUGCUGGGAGAUGGGGUAAGGUAGACAAUAGGAAAUGCUGUAAGCUUCCAAUUGAGGUUCUAAGGGUUAUUUUUAAAACACAAGAUUUAUUCUAUGAGAAGGAAAAUACUUUUCAGGAAAAACCCAGUUUUUCAAUUGGGAGUUUUAUUUUUAAUUUUUGAAACGUUAGAUUUUUCCCUUAAGGGGAAGGGCAUACUUGGGCUUAAGGAAAAGUGAAAAAAAAGUAUCUCAGAUUGAGAGGCCUUGUGUCUUCCUUCCAAGUGUCUUGAAUGGGCUCUGUCAAGACAGGGACAGGCAGGUGUCCACAAGCAUCCAUUUGGAGCAGAGGCCUUGUCUAUGACCAGACCUAAAUUUCAGCAUUUUCAAGUUGCAGGAAAGUGUGGGAGGGAUUCUAAAUUGGUCAGUUUGCUAUCAACCAUUUAAACUUUUCAUAAGUAACCAUGUUCAAGGAUACUGGCUCAAAGACCUAUCAUUAUUAACUGCUUUAAAAAUAUCGCAUACUUUCCAUAAAUAGACUAUCUGCGCUAUCCAUUUACUUAUCUUUGUGACAGAACUUAAAGCUUACUGCAUCCCUUUGAAAACUCGAGCAUCCCUGAAAUGUUAGGAAGACUCCAAGGAAAGAUGUAAGCCACUGUGGUUCAACUCACCCUCAGCUCAGCAGGGGCUUAAGAGUGGCUUUCUUGGUAGUGGGGCCAGAUAGGUACAGAUACACACAUUCUGAGGUCUAAUCCUGCUUGAGAGCAAAAACAUACUCAGCCUCAUCCUGCACGGAUGACAAGUCCUGGCCAAUGGGUGGGAGAACUUCCCAGGUGACCUCGAUUCCUCCAGCAUAAGGGCUUGAACAUAGAUUAAAACAUGUGAUUAUGUACUUACUGAAGCUUUCUGGCUGCAGGCUGACUGAGGAAGAUAAGAAGGAGAAGGAACAGGGGAACUUCAACUUGCGAGCAUCUGUAAAGUCAGAUUCUUCUGACUCCAAAUCAAAGUAGAGUCCAAUCUUUUUGAAAGGAUUUAAAGUCAGUGGCCUCACUAAAAACCCCAGUCCCAACCCUGGGUCAAGUUCAAAUUCUUUAUAGAUAUAUGAACAUAUAUGUGCCUUGAGCUUCAUGAGAGUCAGUGUCAAGCAUGGGCCCCAUUUCAACUUUCAUUUCCUUCCCUACCCUACUAGACUGGGGAUUCGGGAAAGUGGGAUGUCUGCCUGGAAAGGGGUCUGUGUCUUUCUUUUCUGAUUUGGGGAGUUGUGUUCUUUUUCCUCUCUCUCCACUCACUCCUACUUUCCUUCUACAUCAUUUGGUCACUUAAAAUAGUUCAGCAAUUUCUCUCUACAAAGGCUUGUCAACUCCAAGCAGCUCUGUUCCUUAUUUGCUUUGGCUGUAGGUUUCAUAAGGAGGUCUGUAGCUCCCUGGCAUGAAAAUGGAAAAAUAAACAUCUGUGCCUGUUCCAGCUUCAACCCUCCUACCAGCCAUAACCUUUCAACAGUGCUACACUUUUAACUUCAGGGACCAUGGAAUCACAAAGACUGGACAAAUCCUCCAAAUCAAGACAAAACCUUCCUUGAUCACCCUGGGCGCAGGUGCCCUUUGGCAUAUUGUGCCAUGGUGGGUUAGUGGUUCCACCUAGCAAUGCUUACCCUUCCUGUGAUAAGAGGAGAGGCUAUCCUGAGACUCUGAGACUGGGCCAUAUAUCUCAAUAUUCACCCACACUCAUGAUUUAAGAGGCCUGGAACAAAAACACCAUGGGUAGCUGUCCUGAUUUAGUGGGAGGAUGUGCUGCUUAGGUUGCCAAAGCUGCCCACCUGAGUCAAAUUCAGAAAAAUGAACCCAAGUACAUCACCCAGAGGCAUUUAGAAUGGACUCCAUCUUCACCUGGCUUAUGCUGAGAGUCUUAAUUAACUGAUUUUCAAGUAUCUGGGGAGAAGAGUGGGAAGAAAUAUACUCUGGUCAUCCUUUGAUGUGGUUUGUGUGGGAUACUAGGUUCUUUUAGUUAGAAUGAAGCUGUAUUUCUGAAAAUGUUCCCUCUGCUCCAGGAACUGACCAUCCCAGUGAACAUAUCCAGCCCUGUCCAGGGAAAUAUGAUGAGGCAGAGUAAGAGGUGGUUUCACCACAAAUAGAAAUAAUUGGUGCAUACCAGUCAGGUUGCCUCUGUGCCAUCUUCCAGCUGGUAUGCGUAGAGUAAGGGGACAGAUUUUAAAACACUCCUACCAGAACUGAUGUAUACAAAUGAUUCUGGGGGUCUCUCAAAGCACUCAAUUUCUGGGGCUUUGCCAUCUUUCUAUUGAUGCUGCCAUGGUGCAAAAUGCUUCUUAAACAUUAUUUCUAGUUCUCAGAAUAUGUUAUUAUUAGCUAUUGGAUUUUUUCCCCCUGAAUAAUACUUGCUCAUUGUAUAAAAUUAGAAAAAUAAAAUACAAAAAAGACUAAAAGAUUGCUCAUAAUUCUAUCACUCUGAGGCCUCUACAGUGUGCCCAAUUUUAAUGGCCAUAAGCCCAAAACUUGCCCAGUGAGUGGUUGUCUCUGGGUUGGCAGCAGGGGCCAGAUGGGCAGUGCACAGCCACAAGACCAGUGUGGUCUGCAUUGAAUUGAUAGUUCCUGGCAGCAGGAGCUCUGAGCCCCCAAAGCUAGCAAAGAGGCCUAAAAUCUCAGUGCCAGAGCUUCGGGGCAUGUGGAAUAGGGCAAGAUUCCUAUCUGGGGCUGUCUGGUUCUUGGUUCAUGUUCUCUCUCUGUGUGUCUUUCUCUUUCUUGCUCUCGCUCUCUCCCCCUCUCCUUUUCUCCUUUCUUCCUCCUCCAUUCCAUGUUUAUAGGCACCUUCAAUUCAAACUUUCCUCUCUUCUGAUAGUCCACAGUGAUAAUUCAUAGGACCAGUUUCAGGAAGGUAAUUUAGACCAGCACCAUCCAGUGGAAAUAUGAUGCAAGCCACAUAUGCAAUUUUAAAUAUCCUAGUUGCCUUCCUUCCUUCUUUUCUUAAUUUAGUUACUUCUUUCUUUCUCUGUUCUGUUUCUUCUUUUUUUAGGUGCCAUCUCAAUCUAUUCAUAGGUGUAAGAGCACUGAAGCCAGAGUAACUCACUCAUUAAGCUAUACUUGUACAAUGCAGUUACUGUAAAUUUUAUUUCAGCUCUGCUCUAAGAUGAUUUGUGACUCUGGGCACUGUGUCUUCUCCAUACUUGAACUUCCUCAUUUACAAAAUGAGGAUAGUGAUAAUACUUACCUCAUGGUAUAUUAAGAGUGACAAAGAAAUUGCAAAGUGAUUUGCAAAUGCAAAGUGUCAUGUGAAUUAUGCACUAUUCAAAUGAUCCUGCCCCAGCAGAGCCCCUGCUGGAAUGGAAUCCUCCCAUCGAGUUUCUGUGCCUCACUGCUAAAAGGAUAAUCUAAAGGGAGAGGUCAUCUUGGUUGCUGAGCAGGACCACACCUAUCCAACUUAAGCACACUUAAGGGAUUCUAUUCUUCAUGCAGGUCCGCCAGAGAAACUGGCUCCUUAACUUACUUAUCCCGCUCCCAGACUUCCUUCUUUUUGUCCAAAGCCAAUUUUGCAAAUGCGCUUGUAUCCAUCUUGAUUAUUCCUAGAAGUGAUAAAAUGGGUAAACCACAUGGGGGCAAAUAGCAUAUAUGAGCUAAAACUGUUAACUAUUAACCAAGGCACAUGGUUAAUACCCUCCCACUUCCUUUUUUUUUUUUUUUAAUAAUUCUUCUCUUAAUUUUUUAGCUGUACAUUCCCAAUUGGGAACAAAUUAGGUUCUGAAAGGUGUUAAUGAUUUUUCAAGUUAAAGAUAAGAACAUCUUUCAAGGGGCUAGGAUCUUUCUUUUGUCAGUUGGUGAAGCCAUUGGCUUCACCAAAAGCUUAUGGGUUGUUAUAGGAAGUCCUUUGUGUGGUAUGUUCAUUAAGACAUGUUCUGGGUGUGACCCUGCUUGGGAAAAACAGAAUCCUAGAUUCUAAACAAGAAAGUAAUGUAUUCCCAAAGGGUCUCUACAUUUUCUGCUUUGCAGUGGAUCAAGUUUCAAUAUUAGGGUGAGACUUUCUCCAAGGGAAGUCCAAGUCAUUAGAGCCCAACCAGUAAUGGAGAACCACUCAACUGUAGGUGGGUGGCAUUUAUUCAGUUGUGAGAAACAGAAAACUGUUUCUAAGCAUGGGAGUUGCACAGCAGUAGUUCAAAGCUGGCAUCCCGUUGACAAAAACCAACCUCAGCAACUGCAACUCCUACUCUUCAUUCUCAAGGACUGGGCAUUGCUCCUUGAGGAACCCCGUGUCCCUCUCUCCUCUCCUGAACCCCAUUUCUCUCAUUAGCUAAGCUUUUCCUUUUCUUUCUGGAUCGUCCAUAGACACUUGCCAGUCUGUAUGUUCCAGUGUGUCUGUGUUUUGAGCGUGAUAAUGCCUUUCAUGUAAAGAGCUUUCAUGGCUUCAUUCUCAUACUCCUUCCCCAUUUCUACCCAUGGUGUGACUGUUUUGCUAUUCAAGACUAUCUGUAAAAAUGUAUAAAUAAAAGUGGAAGCUGAAAAUAAAGGGAAAGGAUACUGAGACUAAACAAAUGUAAUGAUGUA